AUGCGCAGCGAAUCGUCCGAUCACGUAUGCAAGCAGAUUGACGGUCCAGCAGGCGCAGCAGACUUGAUCCCGUCAAGAAAUAGCUCUGGCAUUCCACAGCAACCUCGCUGCCUCUGUCAGCUCGUCAGAAGACUAUGGACGCCGUGCGGAAUCUCGCCUUCUAUCAGCUACGAGCAUAAAGUCUCGUUCGACAGUGAGAAGCGGCCGACUCCUCCGAUGCCUGCGACAGGUGUCGCCUACUCACAUUCUGCUAGCCAUUGA